AUGUCAACUAUGCGUGCAGCCGUCAUUCACACGCCUGGACCUCCUGAGGUGCUCAAGCUCGAGGAUCGGCCAAUUCCGACUCCGAGCCCCGGACAGGUGCUAAUCAAAGUCAAGGCUUGCGGGCUGAAUCGCUCCGAGCUCUUCACUAGACGCGGAGACUCGGGGCCUGCAGUCCCGUUCCCUCGCAUCAUGGGAAUCGAAGCAACAGGGCUAGUGGAGGCCUGCCCCGAUGGAAAGUUCUCCAAAGGGCAAGUUGUAGCAACGGCCAUGGGAGGACUUGGUAGGGUAUUCGACGGCGGCUAUGCGGAGUAUACGUGUGUGCCCGUUGAGAAUGUCGUCGCUAUCGACAACACCGAGGGACUCGGAUGGGAUGUCCUGGGUGCGUUGCCGGAAAUGCUGCAGACGGCAUAUGGAAGCUUGACGCGGACUCUGAAAUUGAAGAAAGGGGACAAAUUGCUAGUUCGAGGAGGGACAACAAGUGUAGGUCUAGCCGCCGCUGCUAUUGCAAAGAAACAUGGAGCGACGGUCAUGGGAACAACGAGAUCCGCAGCGCGUGAACAGUUACUAAAGAGCAGCGGCUGUGACCAUGUGGUAAUCGACAAUGGCACGGUCAAGGAUGGUCUCCUGAAGAUCUGGCCUGAGGGUGCAGAUAAAGUACUUGAGCUCAUCGGCACAACCUCCCUUCUGGACUCACUCUCUUGUCUCAAUACUGGUGGCAUUUGUUGCAUGACUGGGAUUGUUGGCAAUUCCUGGUCUCUCAAGGAGUUCAUGCCUAUGGCUGCUCUGGGCACUGAAAAGUACUUGUCAUCCUACGACGGUGGUCAGAAAGACUUCAUCAAUACGCCGCUGACGGAGAUGAUCAAGCAGGUCAAGAAUGGUGAGCUUGCCAUUAAGAUUGGCAAGACCUUUGGGCUUGAGCAGAUCGUUGAGGCUCAUAGGACUAUGGAGGCAGAUCGAGCUGGUGGGAAAAUACUAGAGCACUUUGUCAUGACUGGUCAAUCGUCUCAUUUUAAUUGA